UUUUACCCUUUUCUUCAUUCACCUCACUCCUAUUUUUUUCCCUUCUCCGGCAGGCCCACAAAAAUUUAAAAAAAAAACAAAAAAAAGAGGAAAAAUUAAGUUCCUUCUUCACGCUUCAAAAUUAAUGGAUCUGAGGAGAAAUAUAAACUUGAUUCUUUUGUUAGUUUUGUUGGGCCAUCAUGUGAAGGGAGAAAACGUUGUGUUCAAUGUGAAACACAAAUUUGGUGGGCGUGGAGGUGUGAGUUUGAAAGAACUGAAAGCCCACGAUGUUCAUCGUCACGGUAGAAUGCUCGGUGCAGCCGAUUUUCAAUUAGGUGGCAAUGGCAGUCCAACCAGUUCAGUAUUAUAUUUCACUAAGCUUUCAAUUGGUACACCUUCCAAGGACUACCAUGUUCAAGUAGAUACUGGAAGUGACCUUUUAUGGCUAAGUUGUGCGGGAUGUGAUAACUGUCCUAAAGAAAGCACACUCGGGAUAGAUAUGGCACAAUAUAACUUACAAGCAUCAACGAGUGGGAAAUCUAUUACUUGUGAUCAAGAUGUUUGUGCUACAAUGUUUGAAGCAACCAGCUCAGACUGCAAGGUAGCAAAACCGUGUGAAUAUAUGGUUACUUACGGAGAUGGAAGCACAAGCGGAGGACACUUUGUAAAAGAUAACAUCAAUUUAGAUCAAGUCUCUGCCGGAGAUAAUAAAACAUCACCCCUCCAAGGAAAUGUAACAUUUGGGUGCUCGUCUAAACAAUCUGGAGGCCUAGGUACAUCUACUAAUGCAGUUGAUGGGAUAAUUGGUUUUGGAGCAGCAAAAACGUCUGUUAUCUCACAAUUAGCUGCUGCUGGAACUGUCAAAAGAGUAUUUUCACAUUGCCUCAAUGGAAAUAGUGGAGGUGGUAUAUUUGCUAUUGGACAACUAGUUGAACCAAAAGUAAAUACAACCCCAUUACUCACAAAUCGGCAACAUUAUACUGUUUCUCUCAAGAAUAUUGAGGUUGACGGUGAAGUUCUAAACAUUCCGACUUCCAUAUUUGAGUCGAAGUAUAGCGAAGCAGCAAUAAUUGACAGUGGAACAACUUUAGCAUAUCUUCCAAGCAAUGUCUAUAAUGCUGUCAUGGGAAAGCUUAUGGCAAAGCAACCAAAAUUGAAGACUCAUCAUCAUGAAGGGAACUUUGAGUGCUUUUCAUACAGUGGAAAUGUUGACAAUGAUUUCCCCGUUGUAACAUUUAAGUUCAUGGGAAAUCUUACUUUGACGGUCUAUCCCCACGAUUAUCUUUUCAAACUUCAUGACGGUGACUGGUGUAUUGGUUGGCAAGAGGGAAUCGAGGGAAAGGAUGGAGAUGAUCUUUUUCUGUUAGGAGAUCUUGUGCUAUCAAACAAGCUUUUUGUGUAUGAUCUUGAAAAAAAGACGCUUGGGUGGACUCAAUAUGACUGUUCUUCCAACAUUAAGGUGAAAGAUGAUAGCUCUGAAAAUGUGUAUACAGUGGGAGCUCAUAAUAUUUCAUCAGCAUCUACUACUACUUUUACAUUAUUCCUCACACUUAUCUCUUUCCUAUGUUAUUUCUUCAACUAGUACAACAUGUACCAUAAUUACAUUACAUAUAACAAUCCAACAUUUAUGUUUAUUCUUAUAAUAUAAUCGGUUUUGCUCUUAA